GUCUCUUUCUCGCAUAACAUUCACCGUCUACCGAAACUACCGUCCAAUGCUAACUUAACUACGGAGUACACUUUCUCCCGUCUCGCAGCCUAGGAACCAUGGGUGCCUUUCCUACUACUAUCACACGAAAUGCAACACAAAGCACAAAGUGCCAGUGUUCCUCUGAACCGCAUCGUCGACUGAUCGAUCUAGAGCUAAGGACCGCCUCUCUUGGAGCUUGGAGAGUGUCCCUAUGUCGCGAUCGGACCGAAACGGAGCAAAGGGAAUGGCCGCGGCGCAGCUAGCGGUAGAGCGGGACCGAAUCCAGAGGGAAGAAGAGGAACGAGCGAGCGAGCGCCGAGCGAGGUGCACCGGGGCCGAAACCGCGCGCUUGCGGUAGAUAGCAGAAGACACGGAUCGAGCUUAUACAUCACCUUCCAAAAAUGGCUAAUAUAUUACCACUUCAGGGAAUGUGUUACGAGGUUAUAAGUUCACCGUUAGCCCGUACUUAGUAGCAUUGACUUGCUUCGAUUCCUUCUUAUGCCUAAGUGAUUCCGCAAGCCCCUUUAUAAUCUACUCCCAGGGACUACUGUAUCAGCCAUAUGGGAGCUUUCGACAAAGGGAGCAACCGCCGCAUCAAUGGCCAUGGCCCGACUAUACUUUCGGAGCCAGUGCAUAGAGACAUCUGGAAAGUGCGUCCUGAUGCAUGGCGUGUGAUUAUUAAGCAUGUUCAAAAUUAGUUGAAACAAAAAAAAUGGCGCUAAAAACGGAUUAAACAGAGGUAUCACAAGAUGCGCAGUUCAGAUAUCCCAUUCUUGAGGCCUCUUACCCCUUGAGGCUGAUACUAAAUCAUCUGGGUGCGAGACACCCCAUUCUUUAUGAAUCCUCGCUCAAAGAUACUGUGGAAACUUGGCCCGGUCUUCACAGAACGCGAGACCUAUGGAGAUGAUGAUAUCUAUGAGACAUAUAUGACAGAGACAUGUGGUACAUGCGUCGCAACUCAGGUUGAGCCCAACCCCGGAGUUCAGGGCAUUGCAAAGAUAAGAAUGCAGAUCCCUGAUGAUCCUGGGAACCCUUCAUCAACCAAGCCUAAACAUAGCAGCCGUCGCGUUGGAUUUGAGUUUUAUAAUCAUGACACACUCACCAAACUUGGUUGCACUUGUAUUCCAAAGCUACUAGACUAUGCAUCUCUAAUUCAAAAAGAGAAGGAUCCUGUUCCAGGUGGCUUCCUUUUCUUCCUUGUGAUGGAAAGAUUACCAGGGCGCAAUUUGGCUAAUUUUGCUGAUUGCCCAUGUCUGAGAGGGACCAAGUCCGGUUGGCCUUUGCUAAGUCAAUCCGUUGCCAGCGAAUUCUACGCCUUCAGGUUCAUGCAUAAUGACCCUAACCGUCGCAAUCUGAUGUGGGACCCUGAGAAUAAGAAGUGCUACAUAAUAGACCUUGAAGAUGCGUAUCAAAUCAAUGACGAUGAGGAGCCCACCAAGUUCAUGUCUGAGCUCCAUUACCGCGAGUGGGGGAUAGCUGGCCCCGAAAUCAACUGCCACAUGUAUGGUUUGGGUCCAAUGGUCCCGCAUGAUGGCAAGUGCAUUGAGGGCCCCGACGACGAGAUGCUUGAGAAGAUGGCCGCCGAUGCAGCUGUCAAGGAGCUUGUGUUCGGAAAAUAA